CUGCUGCCAGAGAAACCCGAAGCUUUCCAGAGGCACUGCUGGGAGCUCAGCAGCCGCCUGAGCCGGCCAAGACCUUUACUCACAAAAGCCUCUCUAUAACCCCAAAUGUGCAGUUCCUAAACGUGACUCAGGCUCCCCAGGAACCUCUGCCUGCUCUGGGUGACAACCAACUGUUUAGGGAAGGGCAGAGGAGGAGACCAGGGCUGGAUUCGCCUUCCUGGCAGGGGUGCCAGGAUCCCGGCUCUGCGGUGGCCGCUCCCACCCCGCGCAGGGCGGGGACUUUUCCAUCCAGAGCAGAGACCGGAGCUGUCCCCAUCCCUGCCAAGGCACCCACCGGGACCGCAGUUAUCUUAACUGCCUGGGGACUUGGACAAUAACAGAUUGAUCAGCCAGGAGAGCAAUGGCAACAGUCAAAGGGGUCUCGAGUUUCAGUGCUGAGCAAGAAGCCCAGACACUAAGGAAAGCCAUGAAGGGAUUUGGAACAGAUGAAGAUGCCAUCAUCGAUGUCUUGACCAAACUAAAUGUUUCCCAACGUCAGCAAGUUCUGAUCACCUAUAAAACCACUAUUGGCAGGGAUUUGAUUGACGAUUUGAAGUCUGAGCUGAGUGGGAAUUUUGAAAGGGUGAUUGUUGGCAUGAUGACUCCUGCCACCAUGUACGACGUGCAUGAACUGAGGAGGGCCAUGAAGGGUGGAGGAACAGAUGAAGGUUGCCUGAUUGAAAUCCUGGCUUCUCGCUCAAAUGAAGAGAUUCGGCGCAUUAACGAGAGCUACAGACUGGAAUAUGGCCGUUCCCUGGAGGAGGACAUUGUCUCUGACACAUCUUCCAUGUUCCGAAGAGUCCUCGUGUCCCUCUCAACAGGAAACAGAGAUGAGGGAACAUAUGUGGAUGAUGCCCUUGCCCAGCAAGAUGCUCAGUGCCUGUAUGAAGCUGGGGAGAACAAGUGGGGAACAGAUGAGGUGCAGUUUAUGGCCAUCCUCUGCACUCGGAACAGAUGCCACCUACUAAGAGUUUUUGAUGCCUACAGAGGGAUUGCUAAUAAGGACAUAACAGACAGCAUUAAAUCUGAGAUGUCUGGAGACCUCGAAGAUGCUUUGUUAGCUGUGGUAAAGUGCAUGCGAAAUAAACCCGCGUAUUUUGCUGAGAGACUCUAUAAAUCCAUGAAGGGCUUGGGAACAGAUGACAACACGCUGAUCCGAGUGAUGGUGUCCCGCUCGGAAAUUGAUAUGUUGGAUAUCAGGAGGGAAUUCCUGGCCAUGUAUGGGAAAUCCUUGUACUCCUUCAUUAAGGGAGACUGCUCAGGAGACUAUAGGAAAGUUCUGCUCAGACUCUGUGGUGGGGAGGACUAAAGGCUGCCUGGUGCACUGCCUGGGUGAUGGGAAGCAGCUGAGCUUAGGAUUUCUUUCUGUUUAAUUUUUCCCCAAUUCCUUAUUACUUGCUAAGAGCACUGACAGGUUAGUUAAUGCUCUGGUUAGAUAACUGCCAUUCCAGUUGGCCCUUUUGAUAUUGCUUCUAGGCUUGGAACACCUAUUUGUCUACCAAGUGGGCUAGCAAACCCCUUCUUAAUAACCAAAUGUGUAAAAACUAAAUAAACCAUUUCCUGACAAGCUGUCCCUUUGCCAUCACAAAACUUACCAGCCGAAGCAAACUGGGAUGCAGGAUGUGAGAGGCUGCACAGGGCAAUGUAACCUCAUCAGUACAGUGCAGCAGAAUGGCUUGCUUCAGUGUUUGCUAGAUAAUUGGAACCCAAAGAAAUCAAUCGUCUAAAAGAAAAGCACAUUUAGAUCUUAAUUUGCUGUCUGUUAGUGUGGAGCAUUAACAGCCCUGCUGCACUUUAUGUAUGUGUUGCCUAUGGAUCUUUGUGAUAGGGAAGAUGUCACUGGUGACAUCAGGAUAAACUCUUGCUGCCCUGGUUACUCUUAGUAUCUCUUCCUUGACUCACGGGAACAUGAGACUUAGGUGUUUCUAAGUCAUCAGGGAUGUAUUACUGUCCCUUCCUCUGGAUAAAGUGAUGUCAUUAGAGUGGUGCCUUUUAAGGAGUGACCUGUCCCCAAACCCACAUCCCAUCAGCACCACCUCUUGCCUUAGCCUGGGUGGGUCACCAAACCCCACCAGAGCUGCCUGGUCUGGAUCCUGGUGUGACACCACCAGUGGGGACACUUUCUGCACUUCCACUCCAACCUCUGCAAGAGACUUUCCCCCAGACCUACACAACUACCUGUUAAGCUGAACGAAAAUGUGGAUCUUGUUUGGCUUAGAAUUUAUUAUUUUUUUGUCUGUUGGAAUAUAAUCCUGUUUUGAAGGUGUCAGACUGUGGUUAGAAUAUGAAGGCACAAACACCAGUAUGGCCUACACCCAAUUCUGUCACUCAUUUUCAGCUAAGCUAGGCUGCUCUUGGUUUGAAUAGGAGAUACUUCUGUGGCUUCAAAUAAAUUAAUUUGCUUUCUUA